AUGGAAGGUACUUGCUGCACACUCCAAUUGCGCAAGCCCAUUACUGAACUGUGCUACAUCAGCUUCUAUCUUCCAAGAGGGGACAUCAGAGGAUUUUCAUACAAGGGCACUGUAACUCUAGACAGAGCCAGUAAAGGUUUUCAAAACUGCUACCAAGUCAGGGAGGGGCCAGACAUCAUCAGCCUCAGCCAGCAGCCCAAUGAACAUCCCGGCGACAUAUUUUUCAAGCAGACUCCUACGAAAGACAUCCUAACUGAGCUGUACAAACUGACAGCAGAGAGGGAGAGACUGCUGGCCAAUCUGCUGAGCUCAGACCACAUCCUGGGCAUUUCCACGGGGAACCAGGAGGGGAAGCUGCUGGAGCUGUCGGUGAGCCUGGCCCAGGAGGAUGACUGUUUCCCGAGUGCAGGAGACUGGUCGGGGGAGCAGCCCGUGGGCCCUCUCAGUAAGAGAAGCACCCAUGGGAACAAACAGCCCCUGAGGUUUGGUGGGUGGAGAGAGAGCCUUGAGGCACUCCCACAGAAGAGAGCAAGAAGGAAAGGGCGUGGAGGCCGGGAACCAGCUCCCUGGAUGGGGAAAGACCAGAUCUGUUCCAGCAACUCCUUUCCUCUUUCUCCAGCCAGGCCUAAUCUUCAGCUCCUAGAGGAAAGAGGAAACUUGGUCCCAAAUAGGGCACUUACAUCCUCCCUGCAGAGGAGAGAGCACUGCCCUGCAGAUAUCCCCAGGACACCGGACUCAGACCUUGGCAUCGAGACCUCUGGGACAGCCUCAGAGGCCACUGGGCUUGGAAGAGGAGCACUGCCCCCUGACAGCAGCUCCACAGAGGCAGGGAAUGGUGGCACUGGAGGCCCACUGAGCAGUCCUGGUGGGCUGGAGCGUCAGCCUGGAAAUCUGGACGCUGAAAAACGUCCAGAGGCAGAGGUGGGAAGAAUGGGGAAAUCGGCUGGGCGAACUCGUAGGACGAAACCUGUUUCCAAAGUAGUGGCCAAAGUCCAGGAUCUGUCCUCCCAGGUGCAAAGAGUAGUUAAAAUGGAUCCUGAGGCAGAGGAAAGCAUUGGCAUUUGCCCAGAGGCCCAGGCUGAGUUCAUAUCCAAAGCAGAUUUGCUCAAGCUCCCAGGACCUGAGGUUGGGGCUCCUGGUUCCAGGUGGUGGGGUGAGGGGCAGCAAGGGGACAAGUCAUCCCAGUCAUUGGCCAGAGAAACAGCAUCCAUUUCUAGUUCCCUAGCCAGUGCUGAGGGGGCUGUGAACAAGGUCCUCCUGAAGGUGAUAGAGAGUGAGAAGUUAGAUGAAGCCACUGAGGGGAAAAGAUUGGGCUUCCCCCUCCACACAAGGACCACCUCCACCCUCCCAGAAACCAGAAGCAAAAGGAGGGCUGGGCUAUCUCAGAGGGGCCGCAGAUCCUUGCUUCUGGAUCCACAGGGUGUUGUAGGUCCUGACUCCUCCCAACCCAGAGACGUUGACAAGAGGCCAUCCCCCCCAGCACCAGCCGCUCUUGGUAUGGUAUUUAAUAAUUCAUCCCCUCAGUCCAGCGCAUGCAAACGGACAUCACCUGUUCCCUCGCCUUUACCUCCAAGGCGCACCAGCCCCCAGCAGCACCACAGGAUCCUCCGGCUUCCCCCACUGCCUGGAGAGAGGGAAGCUGCUCUUAAUGACUCUCCUGAUAGAAAGAGCUGUGUCUUCUCUGUGUCCCCGUCUGCUGAUACCUUGGAGUCACCCUCCUCUGCUAAGGUCACGGAGACCAAAGGAGCCAGCCCAACCUCCUUCAGAACAGGCCCAUCUCCCUUGGUGCCUGGGGAACCUCCGGAAAAAAGCUGGGGGCCAGGCAAGACCACAGCUCAGGCCCAGCAUCAGUCGCCUCCAGGUAACUCCUCCGAGAGCUUUUCUUGGGACUGCUUCAACGAGCAGACAACUAAAGACCUUCCCUCCAGGGAUGGAAGUGCAUGGGUCCUGGGCUACAGAGCAGGCCCACCCUGUCCAUUCCUUCUUCACGAGGAAAGAGAGAAGUCAAACAGAAGCGAAUUGCACUUGGAUCUCAAUCCUGACCAGAGCCCUACAGAGCAGGACGACAGGACUCCUGGCAGACUCCAAGCUGUCUGGCCACCCCCAAAGACAAAGGACACAGAAGAAAAAGUGGGACUGAAGUACACUGAAGCAGAAUACCAAGCUGCUAUUUUACACUUGAAGAGGGAACACAAAGAAGAAAUUGAAAACCUGCAGGCCCAAUUUGAACUUCAGGCAUUUCAUAUCCGGGGUGAGCAUGCAGUGAUAACAGCGAGACUAGAAGAAACCAUUGAAAAUCUUAAACACGAGUUAGAACACAGAUGGCGAGGAGGAGGUGAAGAGAUGAGAGAUGUCUGCAUCUCCACCGAUGAUGGCUGCCCUCCAAAGGCCUACAGAAAUGUGUGUGUCCAGACAGACAGAGAGACCUUCCUCAAACCCUGUGAAGGUGAAAGCAAGACCACCAGAAGUAACCAAAUAGUACCCAAAAAGCUGAAUAUCUCCUCUUUAAGUCAGCUUUCUCCCCCAAAUGACAACAAAGACAUUCAUGUACCACUUCCAACUGGGGAAGGCAUCUCAUCAAAUCAGCAAAAGAUAUCACCCCCGCCUCCUCCACCGCCUCCACCGCCUCUACCCCCUACCAUCCCUCCCCCUCCACCCCUCCCGCCUGGACUUGGAUCUCUGCCACCAGCGCCUCCACCACCACCUGUGACUGCUGGGCCACCACCACCUCCUCCUCCGCCCCCUCCACCACCUCCACUACCUCCAAGUGCAGGACCUCCCCUACCUCCUCCCCCACCACCACUACCUAAUUCCCCAGCUCUACCCAGCAGUGGGGGACCUCCUCCUGCUCCAACACCCCCUGGACUUGUACCCCCACCUCCUCCUGGACUCUUCUUUGGACUCAGCUCUUCUUCUAGCCAGUGUCCUCGGAAACCAGCCAUUGAGCCCAGUUGUCCUAUGAAGCCUUUGUACUGGACUAGAAUACAAAUAAGUGAUAAGAGCCAAAAUGCUACACCGACCUUAUGGGAUUCCUUAGAAGAACCUGAUAUUCGGGACACUAGUGAAUUUGAGUAUUUAUUCUCCAAAGACACAACUCAACAGAAGAAAAAACCUCUGUCAGAGACCUAUGAGAAAAAAAACAAGGUCAAAAAGAUCAUCAAGUUAUUGGAUGGAAAACGAUCUCAAACCGUGGGAAUCUUGAUAUCUAGUUUACAUUUAGAAAUGAAGGAUAUCCAGCAGGCCAUUUUUAACGUGGAUGAUUCUGUGGUUGAUCUGGAGACCCUAGCAGCCUUAUAUGAAAACAGAGGCCAAGAAGAUGAAUUGGUUAAAAUAAGAAAAUACUACGAGACAUCCAAAGAAGAAGAAUUAAAGCUGCUGGACAAACCUGAACAAUUUUUACAUGAGUUAGCCCAGAUCCCCAAUUUUGCUGAACGUGCCCAGUGCAUAAUCUUCAGAUCUGUUUUUUCUGAGGGCAUCACCUCCUUGCACCGAAAAGUAGAGAUUGUCACAAGAGCUUCUAAGGGUUUGCUGCACAUGAAGAGUGUGAAGGACAUCUUAGGUCUCAUUCUGGCAUUUGGAAAUUAUAUGAAUGGUGGAAAUAGGACUCGGGGACAAGCAGAUGGAUAUAGCUUAGAAAUUCUGCCCAAACUCAAGGACGUCAAAAGUCGGGAUAAUGGAAUUAAUCUGGUGGACUAUGUUGUGAAGUAUUACCUUCGUUACUAUGAUCAGGAAGCUGGAACUGAAAAGAGUGUUUUCCCCCUGCCUGAACCACAAGAUUUCUUUCUGGCCUCCCAAGUCAAGUUUGAAGACCUCAUAAAAGAUUUGAGAAAACUGAAGAGACAACUGGAAGCAAGUGAGAAGCAGAUGAUGGUGGUGUGCAAGGAGUCCCCCAAGGAGUAUCUUCAGCCUUUCAAGGAUAAGCUGGAGGAGUUCUUCCAGAAAGCCAAAAAAGAACAUAAAAUGGAAGAAAGCCAUUUGGAGAAUGCACAGAAAAGUUUUGAGACAACAGUAGGAUAUUUUGGAAUGAAGCCAAAGGCCGGUGAGAAGGAGAUCACACCGGGCUACGUGUUUAUGGUGUGGUAUGAGUUCUGCAGUGACUUCAAGGCUAUUUGGAAAUGGGAGAGUAAAAACAUCUCUAAAGAAAGAUUGAAAAUGGCUCAAGCGUCAGUCAGCAAGUUGACAUCAGAGAAGAAAGUGGAGACAAAGAAAAUCAAUCCCACUGCCAGUCUGAAAGAAAGACUGCGUCAGAAGGAAGCCAGUGUGACCACCAACUAAGAUGGAGACACAAGAAAAUGAGGAUGGCGAGCUGUGGAUCCCUGCAGCGCUGCAGGAAGCUCUUGAAAGAUUUGUUACUAAAUGUCUGUCUUAACUCAGUCCUUUCUGAGGUGUCUGCAGGGAGCACCCUGUGCCUUCUUAAAAGUCCCUUAUUAGGCCACAGGAGCAAUGAAAGCUAUUUAAGGAAACACUGCAAGAGUACUGGAUAAUUGUUUCUUAUAGAAGUUCAAAGUCCACUCCAUUAUAAGACCAGAAGAAAUACCAAGAUUUUCCAAAUUUUUUUAAAAGCUGAAAUUUCACACUUUCUUUCCCAAACUUGAUCUUUACAAUCUGGUCACAGAAGAAGAGGAUCUCUCAUGAUAGUUGCCUUAAGGACAGUUCAAGCCUUGGUUUUUACAUGUUGCUGUUUUGAUAUUUAGUUUAUUGGUCUUAAUUUUGAUCAUGUUGCAGCAAGAUCCUAUGGUAUCUUUCUUGCCAACAAUGUGGAAGCUCACCAAAAUUGUUUAUGAAAACAAUUCCCCACACUAGGGAAAUGAUGAUGCUGUCGUUGUUCAUGCAAUGGAAGGGAGACAAAAUGGAAUCGUGUGUGGGCAGAGAAGGGGCAUAAGUGGCCAUAAAAUUCAUUCAGAGAAUGUUAUGAUACUAGGAGUUGAUCUCGGCCAUUAAGCAAGGCCCAUUGUUUUAUUUUUAUAUCAGUUCAUUGUGGGUUCCUGAACCAGCAGAGAUUCUGUACCCCCAACUCCAGUAGAAACAGGAACACCUGAGCAGGGACAGCCUUGGCAAAGUCAGUGCAUCUGUUUGAACAAGCAACCCAGGGGCAUAGCACCCUGCAUGUUUCAGAUCCAUUGUGAAUGGGUGAUGGAUGCCAUCAUUGACAUGUACCCAAGUUCCACAUCAUGUCCUGGGACUUGUGGCUGGACCUCUCCCACCACCCCCAGGAGAUGGUUUUCAGACAAAAGGGUAAAUGCCACUGGUGCCUUUUUUAUCAUGGCCUUGGCUGACAGGCAUGUGAAAUAGGGUUAGCCGGGGGUAUUGGCUGGCACAACACUUAAGUUCUUUACAGAAAAAAAUGAAAAGAAGGUAAAUAUAUCAAUAUUAAACUUUGAGUAGAAUAUCAGGCCUAGGUAGCUCUUUCUGACCCUGGCUCUUGAUUCACAGAGGAAAACCACUUUGGAAAUCUACCUGAUAUUUUCCCUCUCAAGCCAUUACUCUUUGAAUCUGUCCUAUGAGGGGAUAAGAAGAAAGACUGGAGUCAGCUUUCUCCUCCAGUGGUGGGGACAGUCUAGAGGUGAACAGGAAUCUUAUGUCCCAUCCAGAUCCACUGCCAUCUAUGUCCUGCCCCUUACCCUAGCAUCCUUCUAGAACCUCCGAACUUGCCAGGUGCCCAAGUGUCUUCCCAGGAUAUGCCUGCCAAUCAUCAGCCCCUGAACUCAGGGACAUUCCUGUAAUAGAUUGAGCUAAUGAAAGCAGCACCAUACCUGUAUACAGUGCAAACCUCAGAAUCAAGACUACACAAGUGAGAUCAAUGAAGUCACAGGCACUAACCAGAUUUUCUGAUGGUCACAUACUUGGAUUUUUUUAAAUUCAAAAUGAAGGAAUGAAACCGAAUGGAUAAACAGAUAAGGAAAUUACUGGACUAGAAAGACCUGAAGUUGCUUGUGAGCAAGAAGUUUUCCCUACUGCUUUCCUAUUGUUUCUCCUGGUUUUCACAUAACUGUGAAGAAAAUGAAGGAAAUUCAUCAACUUAAGGGAAAUUUCACUUACAGCCAUACUGUACUCCAUGACAUUCUUUCUAUUAUGAUGGUGCAGAAAAAAAAUGCCAGUUUUGUCCAUGCCACACAAAUUAUCUCUGCAUUCAGCAAGGUCAGCAUAAGUCUAGAUCCUUAUGGAUGUGAUGGGAGGAGCACAGGAGGCUUUUGGCAAAGCCACUGCUAUGCACCUCAGAUCUCUAAGUAGAAUGCCCAUGAGAACGUGACACUGUUCCUGUGUCCUUCAAGGACUCCCUCUCAGGGAAACCAUGAUGAAGAAUUAGGAGCGGAAACAUUAGUUUGAGAGUUAGACAAAUGCAGCCCAACUUAGUGAUUGAGCUAAUGAAAGCAGCACCAUACCUGUACACAGUGCAAACUGCUGCAGAGUUCCUGUUUCUAAAGAAAGGUCUGCCUGCCUCUGUGGGGAAGCUUAAUGGGUUUGUAACACUAAAAUGUAUUUCAUAAGCAUUUUAAAGCACAUGGCAGAAUAUCCACUAUUCUCUUCCAGUUUGAAUCCUCUGUUAUCUAAUCUGAAAUGCUACCUCCUAAAUCUACCACUGCAGACAUUGUCUUCAUUUCUACUUUAAGUUCAUGCUCAGUGAAGGUAACAGUUUGUUUCAGGCAGUGCACCUGUAACAAUCCAAAGGGCUUUAAAAAGAUCCCUCUGAAAUGCAGUUGAGCUUGUGUUAAAUGCAACAGGUAUGUUUAAACUUUUCACAGAGAGGACAUGUUUGCAAUACUAGUUGGCAGCUGGAACACUUUAGAAAAGCAGGGUUUAAUGGGCUUCUCUAGGCACAGCUCUCCAUGAACUAGACAGGAGAAAGACCAGCAUUGCUGCAUUUAACCACACUCACACCUAACUCACUAGCAAAAUGCUAAGGAACCUUCCCUGAUAAACCAGCUUUGUCUCUUCCCAGUCAAGAUUCAGUAGCUCAGAGGACACAGUUUGGCAACAGUUCAAAUUCUUGCAUAUGCCACUGGCAAUAAUUAUAGAGCACACAGGUAGACAAGCUAUUGUACUAAAAUAUAAACACAUUAGGGAAAAGACAGCAUCAGGCCUCUGCAAUGUCCAAUAUUAGGUUAGGAAGUGUGCCAUAUGUUUUUUAACCUGAGAAGAGGCAGCUUACAAGAAAAAAAGAGGGCAAGUGUGGCCUAGCAGAAGGGUAGACAUAUGAUGAUGCGGAGGCCCUGGGGGUCACAGGUGAUGGUUCUGCUGCUGCAUCCUUGGAUUGACGUCAAUGAGAUCUUUUCACAAGCUCGUGGCAUCUACCUAGGAAUUAUGGAAAAAGAACUUCUGAAGUCUGAGAAGUAAAUAAGGAAACCCAGUGGUGCUACUAUACCUUUAAAUGUUCUAGCUGAAACAAAAUGCCAACACAGAUGAAAAAUUGAAUAUUAGAUUGGAUACUGGGCAGGGGAGAGGUUUUAAAAACCCCUCCCAGGAAGGAGAAUUGAAGCUGCAAACCUGCUGAGCUUCCUUUUUUCAUGAGUACCCUAAGGAAAGGUGUCUCCUAAAUGAGAAGCUCAUGCUACUGGUGAAGAAACUGGAAAGAGAGAGAGAGAAAUAACCCUCCAGCAAGAUAAAGAAGUAAUUGGUAUCUAAAGUCUACAGUUAGAUCUAGUAGAAGAGAUAGAAAUGUAUUUUCAGUAAUGAUUUGCCUAGUGUCCUGAUUGUAGGCUGUGCUGCCUACAACAGGGACGUUUUUGUUUUAAUGAUAUUUUUGAUUCCUUUAUAGUUUUGUGUUCUCAAUGCUAGCUCUACUUCUCCCCUUCAGGCACCACUGAUGCAGAUCAUUACAGGCAGCAGCACAGCAGAUUACACCAGUCAGUGUGAAUUAGCACUGCAGACCUGCAGAUUCUCCUUUCCAGCAACUAGAUUGGAGCCUUGGUGGGGGAAUUUCUUCAUUUUCUGGCAUCCUAAGUCAGAAUAUUUUGUAGUACUCAUCCCCCACCCAAAAAAAAGCAAAUAAAACCAAUCUGGGGCAUUAUAUGGUGAGGAAAAAUGAAGUCCACAAAAUAGAGCCUACCCUGAGUAUCUGAUCUAAAUAUCAACUAUGUCAUUUUGUCAAUUAAUUUAAACUGGAUUGAAAAGUUGCUAGCAAAAAGAAUGUUUGACUUGAGCUUCAUUUUCUUUGAUCCUGUAUAUUGUAAUUAGAAAGCCAAAAAAUGGAUAAAAUUUGUGGAUAGGAAAGAGAAGCUAUAGUGGCUAUGGCAUGAACUGCCUGCUGCCCACAUGAGACAAUUUUAAGAAAUCGGUUUUAAGAAAUAUGGAUUUGAAAUAACCAAAGAUUGUCCUGGAAAUUAAAAAAAAACAUAAAAGAAGACAUGAUGUAAUAGUUGGGAUGUGGGGAUAUUAGACCAUUAAAAUGUCCUCCCUCUGGUUCUCUUAGGAGCCAUUUAGGAACGUGUGGAACACCCAAAGACCAUGAAUACCACAUUUCACAGAUCAGCCAUUUUAUCUUUGGGGAUCCUAUAACUGAAUAGAGUGGAUUAGAUAAAAAUACAGAUUUUUUCAUUCAUGUCAGCUACUUUUUCUUUUCUUACAGCACAGGGGAGCCAAGUCUUUAUGUGGCCAAGCUGAUAGGAUUUGAAAAGAAUGGAAAAUUUUUAGCCUUUCCAAGACGCAAAUAACUUUUGUUAUAUGGAUUUCCAUUUUCCAGCUAUAGAGAGAGCAACUUAGCUACUUAGCAGCUAUUACUGGUACAGAAUUGGCUUAAAGAAAAGCAUCUUUUCUUUAAGAAAAAGAUCUUCUUUAAGAAAAAGGCUCAGCAGAUCUUCUCUUUACACUUACAGAACAGUAUUCCUAAUGCCAGUAGCAAUUGAAUCCAGACAUAAAUGGACUUGAUUACACAGCUGUGUGUGACUGAGAGGCCCACUCUCUGUCAUUUCUACAUGCUCAUCAUGUUGCCACCUUGUAAGAGGCACUGAAUUUUAGUUUCACAAUUCUUCAUUUCUCUUCCCAAGGAGUGGGCAACCUACCAAAUACUCCCAAAUCAACGCUUUGCUGGGAAGUAGUGAAUUUCAGAGAGUUUUAACAUGUUAAAGUUGAAGCCAAUUUAGUAGCCCUAUUUGUUCCAAGACUCUUAACCAAUAAUGUGAUAUAAACACAUUAUAUUGCAUUUGGGAAAUCUGUGUAGUUAACAACUUGCUUGGAAACGUGAAGUUACUAAAAUGGCAGGUAGCUAACUGUGUCUCUUAAGUCAUCAUGACGUUCCUCCCAACAAAGAGAUUAAGGAAGCAAAUCAAGCCUCAUGAAUUAGGUUGGCUGUCCUCAAGUAGUAAUUGCUGGACUGAUUUUCCCCUUGAUCCAGCCCUUGUUCUAACUAUCCUGGGGAUAACCAAUAGCCUUCCCUUUUCUGAUAUCUUGGUUCCUUUAAGUCCAUAGCUCACAUGAACUUCAGAUGUUAUUGCAUAUUUCAUCAAGUACUUGAUCAAGAGAAACCUAACAAUCUCAGUUUUUUAUAUGAAAGUGGUAAAUAAAACCAUUAGGUUAUUCUGCAUUCCAUUUGUGCUCAUAUAGCUCUCUCUUUUUUUAAUCUUAGGUAUACAUAUCUCCUAAAGACUGACACAUCUACUUCUGUAGCCUUUCUUUUUUUAAUGCUUUGUGUGAAACUUGAUGGUAUUCAGCUAACAAAAUGCAAAUGUACUCAUAGAUUCAGGCAAAAAUUAAUAUCUGAAGUGUUUGGAACAAACAACUUUCUACCACAUUUGAGCUAUCUCAUAGGCUGAGUGUUCCCCUAAAUUCUACAUGAGGAGCUCUCUACCUUUGAAACAGUAAGCAUAUCUUAAAAGAGAAUGACUGUUUCCCGCAGGUAUAGUGUAGGUUUCCUGUGCAUUAUCUUAGCAUAUUGCAUAAGAUAUCAGAAGUUCACAUUAGCAGUGGUUUGUCAAUGUCUUUGUUAAAGUUGUACCUACUUUCCUUCAUUGUUCUCUAAAGAGCUUUCUUCCACUUUCAUCUUCAGAAGCAAAUGCAUUUUUGAUAGUUUGACUGGGUUAUCUCUCCAAGUUAAUCUUUCCAAAGUGAAAGGCUACUCCCACAGACCACUGCAUGUACAGGAAAAUUAUUCUCUACCUCCCAUGGCAUGAAUGAUAGAUGUUCAGAAACAAACAUCUCUCUGGGGAUUGUUGGCAUGGAUUCUGAAUUCUACUUUCUUUCUGUAAGGUAUAUAAAAAGGAACAUUUAGCAUGCAAAGUUGUAUUGCUCUUUCUAAUAAGAGACUAGAAGGACAUUUAAAAUGUUUACAUUUUAGAUAUGCUUGCAUGAACUAUAAAUAGCUCUUUUUUCCCCUUCUUGCCAAUUUGUCUCUGAAUAUAAUCUUAUUCAUAUUCUUACCAUCAAGGUAUAAAGAAGGUAGUUUCAGCACCUCUGAGACUGUGUACUACAUAAGUCUUGAAAGAUGUCUAUUUCCAUUGGAAAUAAACCAACCAGAAAGGGGGAAAGUCUAUAGUAAUUAUUCAGUUUGCCUACAGUGAUGGGGUCUACCAAAGGCAUGGGUCUAGUCUAAAAUCAUUAAUUUUAUGAUUCUUUAAUUCUGCAGUUUCUCAAGACAAAAAUAAUGUGACCCUACCAUCAGCUGGAUUUAAAACUUUUGAGGAGUUUUUAUGCAUUAGGAAAUAAGGAUGUUUCUUUAACAGUAUCAAAGAUUCUCCUAAGAAGAUAGAAACUUAAAAUUAGAAAUUGGAUAAUUUUUAAGAAUCUUUAGAGGAUGCAUGUCAUUGAUUCAUCGUUGCCUUUUCCUUUCAUUGAACUGUAAUUAGAAUAGUGUGGGAAGCACAAUGCUCUUGGACUUUGAUUUAGAGGAUCGUGCUUUGGCCUGGAAAAUAAGCAUUGGCCUGCCUGCCUUGAACCUAAGUGAAAUCAGUUAGCAUCCUAAUACGAAUCAGAUGUAACAGAAAUGUAAAUUAUUUCAAGAUCCUUUAGGGUUUAAUUUUCUUAGUGACACCCUGGACCUUGUAUGCAUUUGAUCCUUGCAGUGGUCUUCAGUUCAGACUUGUGAGAUGUCAAGCAAUGGAAGGAAGGGGAAAAAAUAGGAGGCAGGGUACUAGAAAUUUUUAACAAAGCCAGUUCAAUAUUUUGCUGAUCCCAUUCAUUUUGUUAGAGAACUGGUGAUUUUUGGCAUAGUUGUAAUCACAGGAAGCUUUUUUAAUGGAAACUGAGCAAGUAGACAUGCCCAGUAUAUUGUAUUGGUUGGUGCUGCCAGAGCAUGUACCCCAGUGAAACUGGCGCAUGUUGUUUUAGUACCUCGAUCAACUUCAGAUCUGCUUCCAUGGGGUUGCUUGUUCAUGGACCUGCCUGUUUUCUCUGGCCUCCUUUGGUUUUUCCCCUUUCUGGACGUAGGCCUCAGCCUCCCCUUCCUUCACAUCCCACAGCUAGUCUUUCCUAACUGAGCCUUUACGGUUUCUCCCCAACCCAACUUUUUUUCACCUCCCUGCAUCAUAGACACUGAAUAUCUCCCUGGGCCCCUUCUCCACCCUCUCACACCCUGUGCUCCACCACUGGAUGGGGAGCUCCACUGUCACCAAGGAGCCAGAGUGAGACACACUGCUGGGACUGCCUCUUGUUAAUGUCAGCGUCACCUCAUCAUUUAGGCCAAAGGAAAAUCCAUAAAAGAGAUGGAAAGUGCAUUUAUUUUUCAUUUUAUUUUACUUUAUUUUAAGAAGGUUGGAUUCAGGUUUGCAGGGAGUGUUCUAGUCCUCAAUUUUUCAUAGAUUUUACUUUAAAACUAUCUAAUUAGGGAAUACACAGGUCACAGCUGUGAUAAAGAAGACUCAGUUUUUGACUUUCAAGUAACUUUCUGUGCUGCCAGACAAAUUUGACUUCUGUGCAAACAUUUUGAAUCAGACUUGUUAUUGCCACUCCAUUCUUACCACUCACUACUCAUGAUUCAAACAUUACCCCUAAACUGAAUCAGGAUGUUGACAUUUUGUGGUCAAUUUCACAUUAACAGUAACUAUUGCACUCUUAAAAGCACUUAAAGAAAGUGUAAGCAUGUCUUAAAUAGUCUACUGUUUGACCUGGUAAAAUCUUGGCUUUUCUGUUUAAUUAAGUAUUAGACUAAUCUGAAGAUGUAACUUUUAAGGGACUUUGAGCAAUAACAAAGACAAUUGGGGAAAAGGAGAAGGCACUUUUAAAGACAUGAAACCUUACAUUACAAGCUCUUGGAUAUUUUUAAAUAUAAGCUAAUUGGAUUCAGGUAUUUUUCCCUUUACAUUUUUAAGAAUAUGUAUUUCUAGUUUGUUUGCAUAUUUAAUUUUGUCAAAGCUGAGAACUGCUCAUAAGUUAAAUUUUUACAUGUAAUUUGCAACCAAAUGAAGUAUUUAUUUUUAAAAAGAAAAGGUGAAGGAAACAAUAUUGAUUUGUACAUAAUGAAAAUGUGUGUAUGUGUGUGUGUGUAUAUAUAUAUAUACAUAUAUAUAUUUUCCUCCUUGACACUACUUGGUCACCUUAUUAAGUGUAUUUUUGUACAUAGAAUAUAUUGGUUAAAAAAUGUAGUUGUCUAUUCUAAGAAUUCUCUGUGAUAGAUUAUAUUUAUCCUAAUCUAUUGAUACCUCUAUUAAUUUGUUUCAAGAGAUACAACUAUAUUUUUUGGAAUUUGCAGAGAAUUGCAUUCAUGGCUUCCAAUUGUAAAUAUGCUAAGGGUAUUUUAAUAAAUCCUGGUUUCAUGUCCA